GAACUGCCUUUAGUCUCCACUGAGACGUCGUACCGUGCGGUCGUGUGUCACCGAAAAAAAUUCUUCAAAAUUUCCCAAAAGUAAUCGAAAAAAAUCUCAUUACAUAUCUCCGAGUGUCGUAAAAUGUCUUCUCGAUUUCGCUGAAUUCAGGUGCAUCUGAAUAAUUGUGAAAAUAAUAAAAUCGUGAACUGUUUGAGUGAGAGCGAUUGCAGAAAUUUGUCAAGGACAUUAGAAAUAUUAAUCUAUGAUGAUGCACGCAAUGAGUGAACAUGCAGGAGGUCCAGGCCUAGGUGUUGGUGUUUUGCCAUUUGACGGAAUGGGCCUUUACGAACAGCCAAGGCCCAGAUUCGUCUUCAAAAUGCCCCGGGUCGUACCUGACCAGAAGACAAAAUUUGAGAAUGAUGAGCUGUUUCGCCGUUUGAGUCGAGAGUGUGAGGUGAGGUACACGGGCUUUAGAGAUAGACCCUUGGAGGAGCGUCAGGGUCGUUUCCAAAAUGCAUGUCGUGAAGGUCACACUGAAAUAGCAUUUGCCGCAAUGGGAACUAAUUUGCAAUUGACAUUCGGCCCCGCUGCUGGAACCUUCUCUGAACCCGGACAAUGCGACUUCGACAAGGAACAUGGCAAGGUACACAUACGAUCAGGUCUGAUAAUGAACGGCGUCUGCGUGAGGUGGCGUGGUUGGAUUGACCUGGAGCGUCUGGAUGGCGUGGGUUGUCUCGAAUACGACGAGGACGCUGCUGCCCAAGAAGAUGCCCAACUUCGUAAUCAGUUGGCUCGUUACAACGAACGAAUCCGUCAAUUCGAGGAAAAACAGAGAGCAUUUCGAAGUGCCGCAGCCCAACCACCCCAUCACAAUCAUCAUCUCUCUCAUCAUCACCAUCUAGGUCAUCACGUAAGCGGUAGUGGUACUGUGACAGGUGGUGUUGAGCCUCAUCUCACUCAUCGACAGGAUCCUGAAAUGGAAGUCAGACUUCGCGCUUAUUAAUCACGACAAGCAUCAUCUGCUAUUGAAAAAUCAUUAAUUGAUGUUUUCGUUAUUACAAAUCGUCGAGAUGAACAUCAUGAUUUGCUGCGGAUUAUUAAUCAGCAAUGAUUUCUGUCUCUGGGUCCUACGUUGCCAUAAAAAAUACCAGAAAAUAGCAUCCGCUAGAUAAUGUCUCAUUGACUUUAUCAAUAUGAGAAUCGGUGUUAUAUGUAAUGCUUUUUGCGCUGGUCAUUUUAUUUACCACUUGAAAAUCAUCAAGUACUUGGUCCAUCGGGUCUCCAUUGAAAGUUAAACAAUCUAUUUGAUACCAAUAUUUUUUGUUGAAGAACUCAUCGUAUGUCUGAGUCUUGUAGGUCAUCAUCUAGAGUCGUAGAUUGUCUGAAACUAGAUUGACUUGUGGAAGCUCUCGCCCUCGUCGGUUAGAUUCCCCUAGAAUAUUGAAUUGUGAUAAUUACUCUGUAAAAUAUAAUAAAUGGUUGAAGAAUUAAAUUAAUAGAGGGAUGAAAGGUUAUUCCACCUGGACCAUCUGUGGGGGAAUUUCAUUCUCAGAGACAGAAAUACUGCGAUUACUCUCGGGAAUAAUUUUGAAAUGAAAAAUACUCAUCCAGACGUUUUACUAAAUCCAGAGAAAUAUUUCGCGGAUAUGUCAUAUUGAUAUGUAGAUUUCCGAAUAAUAAGUUGCUAUAGGAAUAAUGAUAGAUGUUACCGUAUGUAUAUUUAUGUUGAAUAAUAAUAACUGUAAUGAUGCAUAAAUUAUAUACACGAAUGUAAUCAUUUUACCUGUGUCAAUUGUGGGAUCGUGGAAUCAUUAGAAUCAUUGGUAUCGUCUAGCCGUCGCGAUCUGAGUUUUAUGAUUUUCUUGAAGUAAACGCAUUACUUAUUGAAAUUCAUUUUUUAUCUUUUCGAAAAAUUUACAUUAGAUACUUAUCAAUUACGAAACGAAUGGGAAAUCCGUUUUUGCAAUUCAUUUACGCAUUGUACAUAAGGUCUUGCGCAAGACCCGACGGACAUUAACACACAUGAUGCGUCGGAUGAAUCAGACUUCUCCGAAUUCGCAUGAGUCACUCCAAUAUUUUUUAUUCACUCAGCAUUUUGUUAACAAUUUUGUGAACUUUGAAUAUGAAUUAGAAUGAGUUGAACGAUUGACUUUUCUUAUGUAUUGUAAAUAUUUGUAAAGUUUAUUAAUUAAAUAUUAUUUCUGAACAACA